AUGCUCGCCUGGAUGGGGGUCUCUGCGACGAAGACUUUCUCCUCAUUGUGCGGCGUGGACUGGCUUGCGCCCAUGGUCAGUACAGCAGUGAAAGCGGCGUGCAGCUUCCUCUCGGACGAGCACGGCUCGUUUUGGAAGCCGUCACCUGCACGCGUCCUGCCUUCUGCCGCCACCAUGUCCGACCAGGCUGCGCGCUCGUACACCCACCGCGGCUCCAACCGCGCCAGACCCCGCGACAAACAGAACAGCAAGGUCGUCUACAAGAGCGUCGUCGACAAUCCAUUCCGCGUUGACUGGCCGUCUGUCCCCGUGAACCUCCAGAACUCCAUCCUCGCACGCGUCGUCGCCAUGGCCGAAGGCGUCUCCGAGCUCCACCUCCAUCGCGAAAAGCAGAGCCGGAAGAGGAAGCGCGCUGCCGCGGGACCUCGCGUGCCGAAACGACGGAAAGUCGACGGCUCCUCGGAGGGUGCUGUCGUCGCAGAAGCGACGGCAGAUGCAGCCCAUGACGAUACCGGCGGAGCAAGCUCUGAGCCAGUGUUGGCAUCGUCCAGCAAAGCCACCGCAAUCCCCGAGCCGCCCAUUCUCCAGCAUCUCACGUUCGGCAUCAACGAGGUCACAAAGCUGCUCGAGCAGCUCGCGCAGUCAUCCCGCACGAUCAUCACUGCAGGGCAGGAGCCCUCCGAGCCAGACACGCAACAGCCCAGACGGUACCCGCGACUCAUCCUCGUCUGCCGCGCCGACAUCGACCCGCCCCUCCUCAUCGCGCACAUCCCCCACCUCGUCUCGGCGUGCAACUCUGCGCGCCGCCCGGAUGACCUCUCGGGGCACAUGUGCGACGACAUCUGCCUCGUUCCGCUGCCGAAAGGUGCAGAAUUCUCGCUGUCCGAGGCCAUGGGCCUGCGGAGGGUAUCGGUCAUGGCCAUAGACAGCUCUGCACCAGAGUUGACGGAGAUGGCCCCCCUGCUCGAGCAAAUCCCGACGCUGCGCUCUUCGUGGCUGAUUCCCCCGGCUGUGCACCAGGGCAAGCCACCGAUACCCAAGCAGAUUAUACCCACACACAUCAAGAUGCUACGGACUACCGCGCCCAAGGACAUGAAGGCCGCGAAGGAGGAGAGGGCGCGCGGGAGGGCUGCUGCCAAGAAACGGAGGAAGGCGUUGAAGGAAAAGGGCGCGAUACCGAAGAAAGUGGUGGUAGGAGCGGCUAAGGGUUCAUGA